CAUCCCAAACACCUUCCCAUGGAGAUCGGCCUGACACUCAUGGCUAAUAACGGCCCCCCUGUUCCACAGAUAAUUAAGCUGCUGGACUGGCAGGAUGAUCCGGACCACUAUGUCAUGGUCUUUGAGCGGCCCGUGCCAAGCAUGAGAAUGUUUAGUUUUGUGAAGCUCCAACGAAGGCUCAAUGAAGAGAUGGCACGAAAUGUUAUGUCUCAGGUCAUUCAUGCCUCUAAGAUUUGCUGCGAGCGUGGAGUCUUCCAUCGAGAUAUAAAACUGGAGAACCUCAUAGUGAACCCCGACACGUUGGAGGUCAAGUUGAUCGACUUCGGGUGCGGCACGCUCAUGAAGGAUUCUGCCUACGUGGCCUUCAAUGGCACAGAAAUUUUCUGUCCACCGGAGUUUGAUGUCGACGGCAGGUACCAUGCAAAGCCGGCGACAGUUUGGUCAUUGGGGAUCCUGCUGUUUGUGAUGGUGUGCGGGUAUUUUCCAGAAGACAAAGACCUGCACAUGAUCAGUAAGAACGUUCAGUCCAACCCUGACCUGUCAAAAGAGUGCUGCCAGAUGAUUUGCUCUUGCCUGCAGCAUGAUCCACAGCAGAGACUUAUUCUGGAGGAGAUGCUGCUUCAUGACUGGUUUAUGGUUCUGUAAGACAUGGGAAACAACCAAAAACGACUCCCCUGUCAGGACCACUGUGUUGUUUUCUGUCUCCAGUCAGCUUUGUGUCCAGCAGACUGACAUGAGUGGCCUUUCCAUCCCUUGAAGCAGCAUUAUUUAUAUUUAUCAUUUGUUUUAGUUAUUUGUAUUGAGUAUUAAGAAUCAUUUUUAUGAGAAAAAAGUAUUAAAAUAUUAAGUAUAAAUAAUACAUUUGUCUUAAGAUAUUGUCAUGGUUGGUAAAACCGUCGUCUCUGUUGAUCACUAUUGCGUGGAGUUUUUGUUGUGUCUCUCGUCUGCACUGAUCCUUUCAAACGGGCGUCUCUGUUCAUCAGCCUCAGCUGCCACUUAUUAUCUGCUCCCUAUUUAUUGCCCUGUCUUUCGGUUUGUUUGACAGAUUGUUGUUUGAAGCUCCCUGUUACAUGCCUGGUUUCUCGUCCCUGUUUCUGACUGUCUUCACUACGUUGGAUCACAGCUCUUCUGGAGCCCCAUCCACUCACCUCUCCACCGGAUCACUCAUCUCAGUUCCUGCAUCACGCUCUCCUGCGGUCUCAUCUCACCGUUACUUCCUGGCCACGUGUGACUUCAUCUCUCUCCAUCCUGUUCCUGCUGGUUAUCUUCUGUUAAUUUGUUUAUCUACUCAUUAAAACUACAUUCACUUGCAUUUGCUUCAUUGCCCUUCCUAUCUUUACAGAUAGUUAUGCACUAGGCUAUGUGUUCCUAGAGUGUCUAUAAACUGGACCUCUUUCUUUCUCCUGUUGACUGCUGGAAUGUAUUAUUAUUUUGGAAAGCUGUGAAUUUAAAAAUAAUAACAUAAAAA